AUGGUGGCGUUGAAACAUUAUGGGGCGGGCCAUUGAAGACUGGCGGGGAUAUUCGAGCCUUCCAAAUGACGACGGAGAUAGCAACGGAUUAUAGUUACAUCAAAUGUCAUGCUUUAAGACUAAUGUAGUUUAACAAUUUAGCUUGUCAUGGUAACUCACGAAGUUUGACACUGUCAAGGAUCGUUUGGGUAAAACGCGAAUUUUCAAGUGCUUUUCAAAUGGAGGCGAUGGAGGUGGACUUGCAGCUGGGGGUCCCCAGGAGGGAACCAGAACCAGAUGCUAUGGCAGGCAAUGUAGAGCCCCCUAUCAUCAUCCCUGACCCUGGCAGCGAAACUGAGGUUGAGGACGAGGCAGACGCGGCUCCCCUAGACCCACCACGGCUCCCGACCACCUGGGCGUUCAGUCAGAACCGAAUCAGAGUGGAGGGUCAAGUUGGGCCCAGGAUCAGAAUGGAGGGUCAUAUUGGGCACAGGGUCACUACAGCAGCAGUCCUGAGGCAGCGGAGAGCCAGGCCAGGCGUCAGGGCGCUCUACCCCACCCAGACCUCUCCCUCUGCUAGCCGCUUCCUAGAUUUCCUGCUGCGAGUCCCUGCAGCCAACCCUGACUCUGGCAAUACCACAGAGUCGAGCGAGUCGGAGGAUGAGGCAGACCCCACAGGGCCAGUAGACCCUCACAACCCUGACGAACCUGCUGUUCCCUCCAGCCCUGGAAUGAACCCUCCUGUGGCAGCCACGCCACUGCAAGGCCCAAAUCCUUCAGAUUCUAAUGCAACCACAGAGGCUGUGAGGACAGAGACUGGAAAUCAAGUGAAUCCUGAGAGUGUAACAGCCCCAGUGGCCACCAGUGGUGCGGCUCUUCAGUCGUCCCAAGGGGAUGAGGGGGAGGGGGAGACCUGCUCUAUCUGCUUUGAGCCCUGGACCACGUCAGGGGAGCACCGACUGGCCACCCUGCGCUGCGGACAUCUCUUCGGCUACACCUGCAUUAGCCGCUGGGUGAAGGGCCAGGGCCAGGGAGCCAAGUGUCCCCAGUGCAACAAGAAGGCCAAGCGCUCUGAUAUCGUCCUCCUGUAUGCACGCAAGCUGAGGGCUUUGGACAACACAGAGCAGGAGAAUAUGAAGAGGUCAUUGGAGCAGGAGCAGUCAAUGCGUAGGAAUGCUGAACUAGAGUCAGCCCAGUGCCGGCUACAACUGCAGGUGAUGACAGACGAAUGUGGGAAACUACGCAAGCAGAUACAGGAGUUGAAGACGCUGAUGGCUCAGCCUGGCUGUAGGCCUUCUAAGAACUCAGUGGCCUCUCUCUCUGGGCUCUCACAGAGACAGGACAGCACCCAGGCGGGCCACUACGUCUUCUCCAAGGCCGUGCUAGUGUCCCAGGCGGGGGGCUGCAGGGUGCUGUCCUACUGUGAACCCCUCAGCUGCCUGCUGGCCUCCCAUCCCUCUCCACACACCACACUGGUGCCCGGCUAUGGUGUGAAGAAGGUGAGUACGGUGAAUCUGAAGGCAUGCCAGUAUGUUCCCAUCCAUGUUAAACAGAUCAGAGGCCUGGCAUUCAACAGACAAGCUGACAGCCUCCUGCUCUCUGCUGCCCUGGACAACACCAUCAAACUCACCAGUCUAAUGACCAACACAGUGGUGCAGACAUACAACACGGGUAAGCCAGUGUGGAGCUGUUGCUGGUGCCUGGACAACAACAACUACGUGUACGCUGGUCUCAGUAACGGCUCUGUGCUGGUGUAUGAUACCAGAGACACCAGCACAUAUGUCCAGGAGCUGCAGCCACUACGCUCUAGGGCGCUCCAACCCGUCUCUGCGUUGUGUUCUGAUGGAGCUGAACAGGACUCUACAGCAGGAUGCGGCCCAGGAGCCCUUGUGUUCCUGCUACCCUGUCCAGACCUUCAGCGCCGGCUCCUCAUGCAAAGUGCUCACCAAGAACGCUGUGUUCAGAAGCCCAGCCGGGGAGGGCUCCACUUUAGUCUGUGCCGGGGACGAGUCCACUAACUCCACCAUGGUGUGGGAUGCAGGGAGUGGAUCCCUGAUUCAGAAGUUGCCUGCUGACCUCCCAGUGUUGGACAUCUGCCCGUUUGAGGUGAAUCAGGGCAGUUACCUGGCCUCGCUCACUGAGAAGAUGCUCAAAAUCUACAAGUGGGAAUAAGGAGAGAUUAUGGAAAACACACACCACCAGCAUAGAGCAUGUAUGAGUAGCGCAGCUGCUGCACUGUAUAAAUGGCAUCCAUUUAAAACAGCUUUUUCUUAGACUACAGAGGAGCCUUUGUUGGGUUUGCUUUGCAGUGGAGGGACUAGAGAGAUAUCACACUGCUGCACUGUUAUCAACAAACUGAUAGCUGGAGUGCCAGUACAGAUACACCACUGUCCUACUGUUUACAUUUGAGGAUAAUUGAAAACGUCCCAUCAAAAUGAACAAAAAUGACAUAACAGAUAUAGUACAGCAAGACUAGGGUUUCCUACCCACUCACCACUACCCAGUGUUUUGCUCUAGCUUUUCCUCUGGAUGUGAAGAUGAAUCUGUUUUUGUCAGCCAUGCUGCUGAUGUUUGUUUUAAUUUCGCAAUGUUGUGUUUCUUCACUGGGCCAUGUUCAGUUCCCAAACGUUCUUGAAUGUUGCAGAUAGAAAUUCCAUGAAUAGAACCGAUGUGAGUCCUUACUGUACAUAUCAGAGGCAUGUUUGAGCUACAUUGCCUAUUUCUAUCUGAAUGUUCCAAAAUGUUUAAUCCUGCUGAAUGUGCUCCUGGUCUUAGGCUGCGUUCACACAGGCAGCCCAAUUGUGGGGCACGUUCAACAGGAUUGAACGUUUUGGAACGUUUAGAUAGGAAAGCUAUGUAGAUAAAACAUGUCUCUCUGAUAUGUAGAAUAAGGAAUGCAAUCGGCUCUUCAUUACAUUUUCUAUCUGCAACGUUCAAGAACGUUUGGCAACUGAACAUGGUCAUAAUCUUUGUUCCACUAAUUGGUCAAAAGUCCAAUCACAUCAGAUCUUUUCAUAUCUUUUUCAGAGCUGAUCUGGUUGGUCAAAAGACACAUUUAGUGAAGAAAAUAUCAGAAAUGGGCUGCCUGUCCAAACGCAACCUUUGAGAUGGAUCCAUGGAUGAAAAUCAGGACAUCUAUAGCUAACAAGUUACAUUUCCUGUAUUCUGAUUCAAGCCUGAUCAGCAGGCUUUUUCAAAAAUCUUAAAAAUGUACUAAAAAUGAUUUGCUUAUUUUAGUUCCAGAGGAAAUUAUAUAUACAUGUAUGUUUUAUACCAAAUGUUUAUACUAUUUCAAAUGUAAUAAAAUCUAAAUAAUUGGUUAUUGUUCAUCCUGAUGUUGGUUGGGGUGAUAUCCAGAUUGUCUUAACUUUAUACUGACCUUGUGCCAUUCCAGGAUAGUUUGUAAUACUGACACUGAACACAAGGGGCGCUAUUUUCAAACCCCACUGAUGCGCUGUAAUCCAAGGGUUAGCAAUGCUAACAAGUACACGUAAAAUACCAUAGAAAAUGCUAACAACCAUAUUGUGAACAUUUUGUGCAGUUUCUGACCUAAACUAUACAAGUAACUAAAAAUGCUACACAGUUUGCUACACACACAAAACAGACGGACUUAAUAGUUAUAAGAUAUUUAGUUGUGAGUUCCAUAUGUAAGUACAUCACCAUACAUCAUCAUGCUGCACAACAGUGAGUGACACUCAAGGCUAUGGUCUCGUCAUUGUGUGCUUGUAAACAAACACGUAACUGGGUACUGCCUGUAAUCUUCAUAAUAAUGUGACUGGUGAGAUGAAGAAUGCAAUGUUCUUAAUCUCCUAACAUUGCACAAGUUGACUGCAGGUAUGUACUUAAAAAUAUUCACAUUUAUUAAAACAUGUAACUGUUUUGAUGGUAUUAAAAAAAAACUCGUGGCUUUUUCCAAAUACCCUGUUGUACUGUGUAUAUACAGUGUACUGCCCAAUCCUAUCCUGGUGUGUGAUUCAUACUGCAGAUUGCUAACUGCAAAAGGUUAGCUAGCUCGCUAUUUUCAUAAAUCAUGUUUUUUUAAAUAAUAAACAUUGUCUUCAACAAUGA